UCUAUCGCCACUCUCCUUCUCCCCUCUUAUUCGCAGCCGGAAACGUUCAUUUCCGUUAGCGCCGAGAGAAAAUCACGAUGCCGGCGAAACAGAGGACGCCUAAUGUCAGCCGAAACCCUGAUCUGAUCAGGGGAGUAGGUAAAUACUCAAGGUCUCAGAUGUACCACAAGAGAGGUCUUUGGGCUAUCAAGGCCAAAAACGGCGGCGUUUUUCCCCGCCACGACACUAAGUCCAAAGUUGAUUCUCCUGCGGAGAAGUCCCCUAAGUUCUAUCCUGCUGAAGACGUCAAGAAACCUCUCGCCAACAGACGCAAGCCAAAGCCUACCAAGCUCAAAUCCAGCAUUACGCCAGGGACAGUGCUGAUCAUCCUUGCUGGUAGGUUCAAGGGCAAGAGAGUUGUCUUCUUGAAGCAGCUUACUUCUGGUUUACUUCUUGUGUCCGGACCGUUCAAGAUCAAUGGUGUUCCUUUGAGACGUGUUAACCAGUCCUAUGUGAUUGGCACUUCCACAAAGGUUGACAUUUCUGGAGUUAGCGUCGAUAAAUUCGAUGAUAAGUAUUUUGGAAAGGUUGCUGAGAAGAAGAACAAGAAGGGAGAAGGAGAGUUCUUUGAGGCAGAGAAAGAGGAGAAGAAGGAGAUUCCACAAGGGAAGAAAGAUGACCAGAAGGCCGUUGAUGCAGCUUUGAUCAAAGCCAUUGAGGCAGUUCCAGAGUUGAAGACUUACUUGGGCGCAAGGUUCUCAUUGAAACAGGGGAUGAAGCCCCAUGAGCUUGUUUUCUAAAUUUCAUAACCUUUUUUUGCUGAGGUUUCUAGAGUGUCUAUCACCUUUAGUUUCAUCACCUUUAGUUUUAUCCUAUGAACGGUUGGUCUUGUUCACCGGUCAAAUACAAUUUUUGGCGUCGAUCUUGUUUUUGAACGUUAGUUUUUGUAGCAAUGGACUAUCUUUUUUUC